CCGCGUCCGUGUGGCCUGCGCUCCCGACAUGGCAAAGAGCCUGAGGAGCAAGUGGAGGAGGAAGAUGCGGGCCGAGAAGAGGAAGAAGAACGCGCCCAAGGAGCUGGAGAGGCUGAAAAAGAUCUUGGGAGCCAACGCUGAUGUCGUCAUGGAGGAGGUCAAGGAGGUGGCGACUGUGCUGCCGCCGCAGAAGGUCCUCGAGCCGCCGCGCGGUGACUGCAAAAUGGACGUAGAUAAUAAACGGAACAAAAAAACUCUUCUAGACCAGCAUGGACAGUACCCAAUAUGGAUGAAUUCCAGGCAGAGAAAGAAGCUUAAGGCACAGCGUGUUAAGGGGAAAAAAAAAUCAAAAUUGGCCAAAGGCCUAGUCUGGUAAAAUCGCAGUUUUGUAAGAUCAUGAAUAUUUUACUUGCAAAAUAAUUAUCCCAAAUAAUACAUUAUAUUUUUGUGCUUGGCCACCAAAUAUAAUACAUUGUGUUGCAUGAAUUUUUUAAGAGAGUGUUGGGCCAGAAAGUGAUGACAGCAGUAUCAACUUGGUGUCUAACAAACUUAAAUCAAGCUGAGUGCCUUUGAAUAGACUGUCUGUUGUGAUCUGUUUUGUUGAGGGGGAAGGGUCUUCAUCUUUUAUAUUGUAAUCUUGAAAAUGCUAAAGGAAAUCCUAAAAAUAAUAAAGUUGUAAAUGUUUUU